AUGAAGCCUAGUUGUGAGCAACCUCGUGCCCCUGAGCCGCCAAGGAGGAAGAGGAAGAUGGCGCGGAAGGAAAAGGCGGCAUCCGUCCCAGUCCCAGUCCCACUCCCAUCCAACGCACCCAACGAAGAGUACGCAACAGGGCGUACUGACUACGAGUUGGAGGAGUACGUAAAGGUGGCUCAGUGUUGGGUCGAUAUAUCGGAGGAUUCGAUAUGGGCCAACAACCAGACUUCGUCCAGGAUGUGGGAUCGCAUUGAGGCCAGAUACAACGAGGUGAAACCGAUUUGGGAGUACAAGCGGACCAAGGUUCAGCUGCGCAAGUGUUGGGAUCGGAACAAGCUCCACGUCAACAACUUCUGCUAUAUCUACAACAGGAACAAGGACGCAAGGGGCAGCGGUGAGAGCAUGGAGAAUGUCCUCAAGAAGUCGAUGUCCGAGUACCAUAAGCAGUUCGGGCAGUUCAAGAUGUACAAUGUUUGGUUGAUCUUGAAAGACAAGGCGAAGUUCAACGGAGGGAUACCGGUUGGAUCCUCGGCUGCGAAGCGGACGAAGAACACCGCCACUGGCGGUUACACAAGCAGCGACCCAUCUCCUGUGGAUCUGAACGCUGAGCCGGAAGGGAGUUCCGGCACACCUACGUCUACUUUUAGACGACCCAUUGGCACCAAGGCUGCCAAAGCCCAGGCCAAAGGGAAGACGAAGGCGGCCGCGUCUUGA